UCACUGCCAAAUUGGGAGCCUGUCUCUAUGACAACGUAGUACAGGCGGGGUUUGCCAGCUGGAGGCAGAGUCAAUCAGUCCUCAGUUGGCAUCACCGCUCGAAACCUCCACACUGCAUCACGCCCUGAGUGGAAUGGAAGAAAAGGACAAGAAAGAGCAUGGGGAGUAUAACGGAGAGAUAAAGGGUGGGCUGCGGCCUUCAAUGAAACUGGUUGUUAUGGGAAUUAUCAACAAAAAACCCAAGAGCAUUGAGGUGACUCUGUCCAGUAAGCCUCAGGAGGAGGACACAGAGGGCGAUGUGGGACUUCAGUUAAAGGUGAACUUCAUGGAUAAGGCUGUCCAACGCAACGCCCGCCUGGCUGGAAAGUGGGGUCCAGCUGAAAAUACCCUCUCCUUCUUUCCUUUCGCACCUGGAGAAUCCUUCAAGAUGGAAAUAGUUUGUGAGCACCAGCAGUUUCGUAUCUUGGUGGAUGGACAGCCUCUGUGUGGAUUCACCCACCGGCUCUCCCAGCUUGCCUCUCUCACUGCCUUACGAGUCUAUGGAGAUCUACAGCUCACCAAGGUGGCCUAACACCAGCAUCUCACCAACAGAUAAAAGAACAUACAUAAGGAUGUUCUGGGACAGUAUAUAAUACAUAGUAUUAGAAUAGAGAAACUUUUUGAGUGAGUAAAUUAACCCAUGAUGGGGAUGUUGUGUCUCCAGUUCCGAACAAAGUUACGCCUGCCUCGUAAUCACGUGUUAAGUCAAAGUGCCUUCUCUAGAUUACCUAUUUGGAGACUUGAAGAUAAUGACUGAAUGUAACAGUCAUCAAUGUCUUAAAUAAACUGAAGGAUGUGAUUUGAACUGAAGUGAAUUAAGUUUUAAGCAAACGUGGUCUAAGCUAUAAUAUUUUCCCUUAAUGAACAUUUGAACAAACGUGAUGAGUCACUGCAAAAAAGGAGUGCUGCAUCAGGUCUUUGUGCAUUCAAAUCUCAGACGUUUGUCUUUGAUUUCUCUGGAGUUAACCUUUGAAAGCACUUACGUUUACGAGCGCCUGCAUGAAGAUGAAUGUUCCCAAAAUCGAUGAAUUGUCAUUCUGUACCCGACUAAGUACUGUAACAGGUGUAAUAUUGUAAAACAAUUUCAGUAACCUGCAUUAGUGCAUGCCAGUAAUACAAACAGUAUGUUUCAUUCCUCUCAGUUUGCCUCCAGAUUAAAUCCAAAGCUGGAAGGAUUAGGUUAUGUCACACUUUCUGUUAUUCCAUUAUCAACUUAAGCUUUGAAAAGCUACUAACGCCCACUGGUUUGUGUACUUUUCAUUUAUCCAUAGCACUUUUUAUGUGAAUGUUUCAUAUUGACUUUACUGCAAUAAAUCACUUUUGUUGUUA